GGAAAAAAUUGUUGAAACAGCACCCCUGUCAUCACCUCUCGAGUGAGUCCAUUCACACAAUCGCCAAUGGCAUUCAUUCGUUGAUGCACUCAAUCCAACCAACAGCGGUGCUGGCCGUCUCGUCUAAUUGAGCACCAGUGCAUGGCAUGCCCUCACCCACCUCCUCCCCCAGGCCACGCCAUUCCAUUGCACGUGUCACUCACUCAUCUGGACAGGUAUCCACAGAAAAAGGGCACACGCCGACCGAGGUCACGCCAUGGCAUGGACAGCGAAGCCAAGCGACACGAGCUGCCGUGCCCGUCUGUCUGUCUGCACGAUGCCUGUGGCAUUCAUUGGACCGUUCACUAGUUAUUCACAGCAGAUGGAAGGGGAGCGGGGAGGAACAGAGGGAAGGAGGGAGGGGCAGGACAAGACAGAGAGGGAGGGAGAGAGAGAUGCAGGAGGGAGGCAGAUAAACAGGCGAAAAGAACCCGAAGACAUGGGGAUCGUUUCUUGGUUCGGUCAGCCCAUGCCCAUCUGCUUCAUCAUGUCCUGCAGUCAUCAAAUCACACGGAGAGGGGGAGAGAUAUGACUCGAAUGGCAAUUCCGCCCCCUUUAUCUCUCCUGUGCCCUCAUCGACCCACCUGCAUUCCUCCCAUGUUCUCCAUCUUGCCCAUCUGCACCGACGAACCGAUCACCAACACGCACACACACACACACACACACACACGUGUCGGUGCACAUGUGGGCGCCUGGCGUGUGUAGGGUAGGCAGGUACUUACCUCCUUCAUGAUCUUCAUCAUGUUUUGUGCGCCCCCCAUCUGCUGCAGCAUCCGCGGGUCCAUCAUCUGCUGCAUCUUGGCCAACAUCUGCUUCGGGUUACGCUGCAUUUGCUGCACACAACACAACACAACGCAACAGAAAGAGCCAACACUCACAGAUCCUGUGUGUAAUGGUCCGUGUGGUGUGGUUUGGUCUGUCUGUGUGGUUGUGUACCUACCUGGUUGAGGUCGUUUCCUCCCUUAGCGAGUCCGAGUUUGCCCAUCUUGCCCACCAGCUUGGAGAACCGCUUGUACUCCUCAAGCAGCUCCUUCACCUCGCGAAUCGAACUGACGGACAAAUAGAGAGAUGCAGAGAUGGCAUGGCGUGCAAGAGUUGUGAUGCCUAGUAGAUUCUUCUUUCUCACCUGCCGGACCCCUUGGCCACUCUGAGUAUCCGGCUGUCGUUCAUCUGCUUGACGCAAUCCAACUCUGACACACAAACAGACAGACAGACAGACAGACAGUCGGCGCCAUGUGGUGGCGGACACGGGGGCGGGUGCCCAACGUACCGUCGUUGGUCAUGGAGUCCAUCAUGGUCAUGAACUUCUGUAUCCGCCGCACGCCCUCCUUCUCCUGACCCUUUGGGAUCAGAUUCGCACCGAUACCUGCACACACACACACACACACAGACGUCCAUCCCACAAAAGUCCUCUCCCCAUGGUGUGUCGAGCCCCACCUGGAAUCAUCGACAUGACUUGGCUGAGCGGCCCCAUCUUGAGGACAUUCUGGAACUGUUCGUAUAGGUCCCGAAUGGUGAAGAUGCCCUUGGCAAUGCGGUUGAUGAUGUCGGGCUGCUUGUCCAGCGGCACCGCCUCCUUGAUCGUGUUGAACAGGCCGCCAAUGUCACCCAAACCUGACACACACAAAACAGACACGAAGAGACAGGCGCGUGUGGGUGUUAGUGUGGGCAUUUGUGUGGGCAGGCACUCACCGAGCAGCCGCGAGACGAAUGACUUGGCCUCGAACGACUCGAAGUCGUCAAAGUGCUCGCCAGUGCCGAUAAAGAUCACAGGCGAGUCCGUCGCAGCAACACUGACACAUAGAGCAACAAAGCCACACACACACACACACACACACAUCAGGUCUUCUUCACGUGUGUGUGCGGUGGGCGUUCGGCCACUCACGCGGAGAGCGCUCCUCCUCCCUUGGCGUGUCCGUCUAGUUUGGUGACGAUAACGCUGCCGACGUCCACAGCGUCGCGAAAGGCCUUGGCCUGGUCGAAGCAGGCCUGACCGAUGUGGCUGUCCAUCACAUAGAUGAUGUCAUUCGGCUCCUGCACACACACACAUUGGUUCACGUCGAUGUAUGCGUGUGUGUCUGUCUGUCCACUCCACUCCACACGUACCACUGCCUCAGCGACUUGCUUCAUCUCCUCGAGCAGGGCGCCCUCCUGCUUGUGCCGGCCGGAGGUGUCGACGAUGAUGAGCUCGUACUUGUCCUUCUUGAACUGCUCCACGCCCUCCUCGGCUAUCUUGACCGGGUCCGUCUCGGUGUAACUGACACACACAGAGGUCGCAAGGACACACAGAGAGAGGGGGAUGGGAUGGGGCGUGCUCUUCUUCGUGUGCUGCCUGCGUCGUGACGUGUUCUUCUCUUCCGGCUGACUGACCUGCCGUAGAAGGGUAUCUUGGCCUUUGUCGCGUUCUGCUUGAGCUGAUCGAACGCGCCGGCACGAAAAGUGUCCGCACACACGAGAGCCGUCUUCCACCCUGCACACAUACACACAUACACACAUCCAUCCAGCUGUCUGUCUGUCUGUGAGAAGAGUGUGUCUGGUGUCUGCGUGUCCAAGUGUGUGUGUGUGUACCUUUCCUCUGGUAGUAGUGGGCGUAUUUGGUGCAGGUGGUGGUCUUGCCGCUGCCCUGCAGCCCCACAAACAUGAUGAUGUUGGGCUUGCCCUUCUUGGGCGCGAACGGGCUGCGGUCAGGCGUCAGCAUCGUCACCAACUCCUCUACCACACACUGACGGACGGAUGGAUGGCACCACACACACACACAUACACAGACAUACACGCACGGCCGCUUCAAAGCGCUGCGUGUGUGCUUCGAGCUCACCUUUUGGAUUAGUUUCCUCUUGUUGGUGCCCAUGGCGGCUUCCUCGAGCUGCACCGUCCUCUUGAUAUUGUUGCGCAGCUGAGCCACAUACCGCACGUUCACGUCCGCCUGCAGCAACGCCGCAGCUAUCUCCUUCAAACACUCAUCCAACACCUGACACAACACACAGCCAACACACACACACACAGCCACAGCCACGAGAGGUCAAUUGCCUGCUUGUGGUGUUCUCUCUCACCGCUUCAUCGAUGACAGUGGCGGUCUGCAGUUUCCGGAGCGCUCCGGAGAUCCGGCUCCCCAACUCAGCCAACACCAUGGUGGCUUCACAGGCACUGCCUCACCGAUCAGCAAGCACCGGACGCCUCGUCACAGCCCGUGACGAGUCAGAGGCCGAUUUUUCUGCUUUUUCUUGCUGUUUGAAAGAGGUCACAAGCUCCUAGCACUGCUUCCUGUCCGCGACGAACCUCAAGGUCAAAACGGACCCGGCAGCAGCGGUUCAACUUGCGAGCUAAUCU